AUGAAGCUCGUUAUAUGCGAUGCUUCGUCUGACUUAUUGGGCGCAACUUGUAUGCCUUCCCUUGACAUAGGAGUGUACCUCGUCGGAAUAUCCUCGGAACCUCAGCCUCACUUCACCUUAUUCUUUGUGUAUAUAUCUUUCGAGCAAGUACCGCGCCAAACCAAAGUCGUUGCAAGAAACAGAAUACGUAGUAUGGCACUCCCCGCUCGCUUCGCUGACCUUAAAGCCAUCAUCGCUGCUUCGUACCCCGAUUUCGAGCAGAACGUCACCAAGGCUUGGUCCGAAAUCUUAGCCGAGCUGGCGACCGUCACGAAGACCAUUAAUGAGGAGGGUGUAAACUAUAUCCCUCAAGUCAAUUUCGCGGACCUGGGCAAUCUGCCCAAGGAGGACGUAGAAAAAAUCAAGAGGAGAGGGAGUGUUGUAAUCAAGGACAUCGUUCCGGACGAGCAGGCGAUGCAGUGGAAAGAGGACCUUAAAGAAUUCAUAAAGGCCAAUCCUUCUGUCGAAGGCGUUCCGGCUAAUGACAAGCAAUUCUUCCAGCUCUACUGGACGAAGCCCCAGGUCCAAGCUCGUUCUCAUCCGAACCUCUUGGCUGCGACUGUGUGGCUCAACAAACUGUACCACACCAAAUCGUCGACCGGCUCUCCGAAACUGGAAGGCGUGGAUAUGAAUGUUGCUCUAACCUACGCCGACAGGUUCAGAAUCAGAAAGCCAGGGAUCACAUGGAAUCUCCACCCACCCCAUAUUGAUGGCGGCACCAUUGAACGCUGGGAGGAUUCCCACUUUCGUCGAUGCUUUGACGACCUCUUUACCGGCAACUGGAAGGCCCACGACCCGUUCGAGCUGGAAGGAAGGCUGGAUGCGAGAAGCUCGUUGUAUGGAAGACCAAACCAAUCUAGUGUCUUCAGGACUUUCCAAGGAUGGCUGGCGAUGAGCGAGACAGCACCGACGCAAGGCACUCUGAGAGUCUUUCCUGACGUGUUACUAUCCAACGCGUACAUCAUCUUACGCCCAUUCUUCAGUCCCAACGUGCCAGUCAGUUCAGAGGAAAUCUACGACGCGAAGAACUGGAAGUUCGAUAUCUCCAACUCCGAAUUCCAUGGAAUAUACCCGAGAGACGGAGGGUAUGCAGGCCCCAACCCAACGCCGGCGCUCCACCCACACUUGAGGCUGGAAGAGACUAUGACAUCGAUUCCUAAGGUUAACCCAGGUGACGCGGUCUUCUGGCAUUGCGAUGUCGUGCACUCUGUCGAGAGAGAGCACACGGGGAAUGGAGACUCUGCUGUGAUGUACAUCCCAGCGGUCCCUCUCACGCCUCAGAACCAGGCAUAUGUCGAACGCCAGAAGGCUUGCUUCCUCGAGGGCCAGCGUCCACCUGAUUUCCCGAAGGGUCCAGCAGAAGCAGGAUUUGCAGGCGUCGCGAGUGUUGGAGACGUCUUGAGUAAGGAAGGAUUGAGGGCCAUGGGUUUGGUGCACUGA